AUGGCCCACCGGUUCGUUCGAGCGUCGAAAUAUCGACAUGUUUUCGGCAAGUCGACGAGAAAGGAGUUCUGUUAUGAUAAUCUGCACAUCAGCCGCAAUGCGUGGGAUACCAACCUCGUAAAGGCCAAUCCCGAGUUUCUCUCUGUUAACUGGGAGUCGAGCGGCGGCGGCGCUUUCGCCGUCAUACCACUCGAGGAGCGAGGAAAGCUCCCUGACCAGAUCCCCCUCUUUCGAGGACACACCGCUGCCGUCCUAGAUACCGAUUGGAACCCUUUCAACGACCACCUCAUUGCGUCCGGUUCCGAAGAUGGCAAGAUCUUUAUAUGGCAGGUUCCCAAGAACUUUACACUCCACGUAGACGCUGAGGAAAUUCCCGACGUCUCGCCCGUUGCUAAGCUCGCCGGCCACUCAAGAAAAGUUGGACAAGUCCUCUUCAACCCCGCCGCCGAAAACAUCAUCGCCUCCGCGUCGGGAGACUUCACCAUCAAGCUCUGGGACAUCUCUGCCGGCCAGGCCCACCACACCCUGCGCCACAACGACAUCGUGCAGAGCCUGACCUGGAACGCCACGGGUACGCUGCUGGCGACGACGUCGCGCGACAAGAAGAUCCGCGUGUGGGACGUGCGCCAGGAGAGGGCCGUCAGCGAACAUGCCGGCCACGCGGGCGCCAAGAACAGCAGGGCCGUCUGGAUGGGCGAGCAUAACAGGAUCGCGACGACGGGCUUCUCGAGGAUGAGUGAGAGGCAGAUUGCGCUUUGGGAGCCGGGUAAUCCGGAGCCUAUUGGCGGAUUCACUAUGUUGGACUCUAUUUCUGGUGUUUGCAUGCCCUUCUGGGACGAGGGUUCGAACUGCUUGUACCUGGCUGGCAAGGGUGACGGAAAUAUCCGCUACUUCGAGUACGAGAACGACAAGUUCGAGUUCCUGACAGAGUACAAGUCGGGUGAUCCCCAAAGAGGCAUCGCCUUCCUUCCCAGGCGUGGUCUACAUGUCCAUGAGAAUGAAGUCAUGAGAGCCUACAAGACGGUCAAUGACACCUACAUCGAGCCUAUCUCCUUCACCGUCCCCCGCAGAGCCGAGACCUUCCAGUCCGACAUCUACCCCCCCGCCACCGGGCUCAAACCCGCCGUGAGCGCCAAGGAAUGGCUCGACGGCAAGUCGGGUCUCCCUCCCAAGAUUGACCUCGAGAGCGUAUACGAUGGCAAGGCACCCGUCGAAGUAGCCUCCGACUACAAGCCUCCUGCCUCAUCUUUCGCCUCGCCUCCCCCUUCAGCGAAACCCGUCCUGAAGGAGGAACCCAAACCCACUCCCGCCCCUGUCCCAGAGCGCCAGCCCGUGUCGGCGGCCGACCAGAAGGCAUCCAUCUCGGCCAUGGCCAACAAAUACCAGGACCAAGAGGAGGAUGACAGCGGCGACGAUGACGAUGCCUCGAGUUUCGAAGAGAUCUCGAGGCCACCUCAACGAACUACCGCUGCCGCCGCCGCUCCUCCUCCCGUAAGAGAGGAGCCGAGAUCUCGGUCGCCUGCAAAGGCGCCCGUCCGGUCACCGAUAAGCACGGCCACCCCGGUCUUCUCUUCUACUUCUGUUUCGAGCGGCGGCGCUGCUGCCGGUGGUGCGGGCACACCGGCGGAUGUGUCCUCUUCGCUGCGCGAGAUCAAGGAGUUGAUACAGGCCCAGCACGGGCUCAUCCGCGCGCAGAGCGAGCAGAUCACUCACUUGACGCAGGAGGUCGAGACGCUGAAGAGGAGGGUCACGUCUGGGUCGCAGGACCAGAGUGAGAGGAUUAGGCAGCUUGAGUUGGAGCUUGAGACUUUGAGGUCUUAG